AGAUAAAACGCAGUUGUUUGCUUAUCCUAGCAGUGAGUCCAGUCCUGUGUUUUGUUUUUCACUUCGAGAUGAAACCUACUAGUAGUCUACAAGUAUCAUCAUCCUCCGGCGACGGUGAACUAGUUGCCGGCGGCGGCAAGAGACAAGUUAACAACAACAACAACAAACCACAAUUCCGUCCAGCUAUUGAUGAUUCUAAACCCCUUCUUCAAGAUCCGAUUGUGAGAUCAGAUCCAACUGAAACAGAAGAAGCUGUUAUCAGAUUGCCCAAUUUCCCUACUUUCUCAUAAAUCUUAUCAUGGAAUCAUUGUAACAAGGCUACUUCAGUCUUCGUGAUUUAUUUAUAUAAAUAUAAUAAUUUAAGCUUGCUUUUUCUA